AAAAUAUAAAAAGCGGUUUUAACCGGUUGUUCUGUCGUAGGAAUAUCUAGUAAAUAGGCAAUUUGACGCAUUACAGCUUUUUCAGACAAAGACUUGGAAGAGAGAAAAAUUUGGUCUUAAAGAAGAUGCAGAGAAGGGACAGAGGAACAAGAGUUUUUGUUGGAGGUCUGACUGAAGAUAUCCAAAAAGAAGAUUUGGAGAUGGAGUUUAGUAAAGUUGGAAAAAUUUUGAGUGUGUGGGUGGCUCAGAACCCUCCUGGUUUUGGGUUUGUAGAAUUUGAUCACAGGGAUGAUGCCGAUGAAGCAAUCAGCUCAAUGAAUGGGCAAAUUAUCAAUGGCAUAAGAAUCAGGGUAGAAAUGUCUCGAGGAAGACGUGGAAGAGGAGGACCGCGAGGAAGAGGGGGAUUCAGAGGAGGGCGAGGUGGUGGCUUUAGAGGUAAUCGUGGGGGAUAUGAUAGACGGGGUUCAUCAUACGACUCGUACAGGGGAGAUAGCAGCUUCUCUCGCAGAGGGGGCGGAUACAGGUCUCGAGAUGGAGGAGGUAGAUUUGAUCAUUUUGACUCGUACGGAGAUGGUUAUGAUUCUUAUGACUACAAGAGCUCUGGUCCAAGCUACCGCAGCAGGUCCCCAAUUAGCAACAGGUAGUUUACAAAUGUCUUCUGAGUAGAAGUUCUUCAAGAUGCUUCAGAAGUACCUUCGUCGAAUCAGUGAUUGCCCUUGUUUUACCAAGGGUUAUACAUUCUGCGACUGAAGUGUAAAGUCUUCACUAUUAUUGUGCUUCUUGUCAUUUUGAGUUGUGUGAAUUUGUUUUUAUAGCAUUGUGUUGGCUUGUUGAAAGCCACACAACCUCACAGAUUUCAGAUAAGAUUAACAUUUUAUUAUUGUGAAUUCUCAUAAUAAAAUAAACAUACCCAUUA